GAGGCGCCGCUGACACUUGACGAGAGUUUCAAGUGCACCAUUUUCGUUGCUGGAGUUCCAAAGGUUCCGAAAGAGAAGUACGAUCGUCUCAUGGGGGUUCUGUCCAAGGUUUUCAACAAGUAUGGGGAGAACGAGAAAGAAAUGCCGUACAAUGCUGAGGGAACCGAGACAGAGGGCUGUGUCAUCGUGACCUUCAAGCGUCCAGAGGAGGCCUCAGCGGCGCAGCAAGCCUUGGACGGCAUGAGCUUGGACAAGAAGCACACGUUCAAAGUGGUGAAGUUUGACGAUUUCAACCGAAUCACUCACAGGGAGGAUGAGUUCAGGCCUCAACGGAAUCUGGCCUCAUACUCUCGAGCAGAUUUCCGAUCUUGGCUAAUGGACAAAAAGUGCAGGGAACAGUUUUUGCUGCGAUAUCAGACAGAGACGGAGAUCUACUGGCACGACACCACCAUAGGCGAACCUGCUCUUUGUUAUGGCGGGGAGAGAGAGAAGGCCGACGGAAAGAUUUGGUGCGAUUGGCAGGUGCAGUGGUCACCCCUGGGCCACUUCUUGGCAACUUUCCACAAACAAGGCGUGGCUCUUUGGGCUGGCCCGGAGUUCACGAAGAAGAUCCGCCUCGCCCACAACGGUGUGAAAUACCUGGAGUUCUCCCCGACAGAGGAGUAUGCAUUGACCUGGAAUGGCAGCUCUGCAUUGGAUGCGGAUUCCCAAGCAGUGCGCAUACACCGCGUGUUGACGGGAGAAUGUGUUCACAAAUGCCGCACUCCAACAGUGGCACCAUUAGGGGGUGACUUCCCGCAUUUCCUGUGGAGCCAUGAUGGCAAGUACUUUGCAGAAUGCAAUGAGUCUGCUAUCUCAGUGCGUGAGACUGAUACCUUUCAGCUGAUUACAGAUGAGGAUGGGAAGAAGAAGACUCUCAAGUUCCCAGACCUCAGCACAUUUCAGUGGUCUCCCAAGGACAAUUUGCUCAGCGUUUGGUGUCUGGAGCGGGAAAACAACCCAGCAAGGUUGGUCUUGAUCGAGAUCCCAUCUCGCCGCGAACUGGCAUCGAGAUCAAGGACACAGGUGGAGGCAUCAAUGCACUGGCAGUCCGAGGGAGACUACUUAUGCCUCAUCAACACCAAGCUCAGCAAAACCAAAAAGAAAGGCGCAACAAACCUGGAAAUCUUCCGUAUCCGAGAGAAGAACAUCCCAGUGGACAUCGUUGAGGUCAAGGACUCUGUCCGCGGCUUCCACUGGGAGACAAAAGGGCACCGCUUCUCAUUGUUGACAAGCGACGAGUCCGGGCACCACCCGAAGAUGUUCAUCUAUGGCCUGAGCAAAGAGAAGUGUGAGGCGUUGAGCUUCUUCGAUUUGCCGUCCAACAGUUACAACAACUUUUUUUGGGCUCCAGAAGGUCAAUACUUUGUGUGUGCUGCUUUGGGCCAUGGCGAUCUUUUGUUUGGAGGCAUGACGAGUGAUAACAAGCUAGAAAUCUUGCACAAGGACGAGCACUUCAUGCUGACAGAUGUGCAAUGGGAUCCUUCUUCCAGGUAUGUGAUUACAGCUGUGACUCAACCCAUGCAGAAUGAGAUUGGAGGCUUCAAGUACAGUAUGGAAGCCGGCUUUGCGAUUUGGACAUUCCAGGGCCGCGUGCUUCACCGCCAGCAGAAGGAAAAACUUUGGCAAAUCGCCUGGAGGCCUCAUCCCCCAUGUUUGCUGCCACCGAAGAAGCAGGGGGAAAUCAGGAAAAAUGUUAGACAAUACUCUAAGAAGUACGACCACCUGGAUGACCAGGCUAAAGAAGCGGCCCGGAAGUCCUUCAAAGAUGAGCGAGAGUCGAAACUGCGGAAUUUUAAAGAGGUCUUGCAAAGACUGGACGAACACAAGUUCCGUCGCUCCGAGGAAAACGGAUGGGACCAGGCAGUGGAGAGGCACUUGGAGCAGCAAGGCUGGGAGCCGCUGCAGGUGGUGACCGAGGAGGUCAUGGAAGUAACUGAGGAGAAGAUCUGAGUGAAUUGGCUUUCCAUCCGCUUCAGUGUCACCACUCGAAGGAUCAGAUAAUCGAGGAGAAGCACUAGUAGCACUGGCGUGUUCA